UAAUCUAACUGAUAAAUGUACAUUUUUUUCAGGAACGAAAAUGCCGAGCCCGUCCGCCAGGUCCUGAUUCCCAUCCCACCAGUUCGCUCGUUCGGUCCGAUCACUCAUCUUCCGCAACAGAUGCCCCCGCAGACCAUCAUCCGCCAAAUGCACCGACCAAUCUUCCCGAUCCCGCUGAUGAGCCACCGACAGCAAAUCCCAAUCCCAGCCCAGAUGAUGCAAGCUCCCCACCAGGAAACCCCAAUGCUCCGCCCUAACUUCCAGGCUCCUCCCCAACCCAUGAUGACCCCCCAAUCUCUGCAACAAUCGGAACAGCCCCAGCAAACUUUCCCCCAACAGAUGCAACCACCACGUGCCGAAGUUCGCAUCCAAUUCCAACGUAUCCCAAUCCCAGAAGCCAUCCGUUCCUUCCUGCCCCCGCAAAUCCUUCGCGGAAACCCGGAACAACCGGAAGUCCAAAUCCGUGAAAUCCCCCAGGAAAUGGUCGCUCAGAAGCUGGGACUCUCGGCCGAUGAACUGAAGGACAUCCACGAAAUCACCGCCCAGAAGUUUACUGAACAUCUAAAGCAACUGAUCGGCGAGAUGACCGAUUCGGACGAAAGCGACGAGGAAUCCGAUUCGUACCGGACAACCCCUGCUCAGGAACCCGCCUCGCAGCAUUCCGAGGAACGGGAACUCCAGGAACAGCAGCCACCCCGCCCACCACAAACCCAGGAAGCUCAGGAUGAAGCCAUGGCGGCCCCUCCCCAGAACCCAGCCCUUGUUGAAUCGCAGAUCCUGCCCAUGGGACGAUCCCAGUAUGCCCGCUCCCUGGUCAACCCGAUCAAUCUGCCCGGCAAGGUGGUGGAAUCCAGCGUCCAGAUUUCGGACGAGGAACCCGAACGCCGACACUUUGUCCAGCCACGAUCGGUCUAAAUGAGAGGAAGCAGCCAGAAAGAGGCCAGCAAGAAGGAUGUGCUUAGCGCAGCAGCACAUGUGCUCACGAUGUGAUUGUAAAUUGUUGUGAAGAAAAAAAAAAGAAUGAUUUUUAUUAAGUUAAUCAAACCACAAACAAACUGAGAAAAAAAGAGCAAAAGUUUCAAUAGCAGUCGAUGAAAGAAGGAACAGGACAAAUGUUUCAAGAGUAUUAAAACACCCUGCGUACAAACGCAAUUUUCACAAUCGAAAGAGGAGAACAAGGUAAUCUCAUACUGAUUUGUUAAAUUUUUUUUAGAGUUGUAAAUAUGGAAGCAAUCUAGUAGGUUCAACAAACAAACAACCCAAAAGUCAUGAAAGAUGUCAGUGUAAUCGGUAACAAGAAAAGAGAAGAAAAAAGAGAGUAUCAAACGAAAACGGUAUUAACUGAAUGGUUUCUUAAUUAGUAAAGCGUAGUGAAUAGUUUUUAAAAACGAAACAAGAACAGAGAGCAAUAAAAAUAAGCGAUCGAAAUUUUAGCUACCUAAACCUUAUUGUAUUAACAACACACAACGUUCUACCGGAAUCCCGUUCUGUAAGGCCUACAAAAUUUUAAUUAUUUGAAAUCAUUUCAAUAAAGAUGUUUUACUAAUUGUAAGAAAA